AUGUCGCCUCCCUUCUUGAUUGAAGAUGAGUCUUUGGAGUCCGGGGAAGACGUUGUCUCCCUAGCCACUCGCUUUUUGAAAAAGGCAAGCUACGAAGAGCCGGAUCGGUCCGACUAUUCUAUCAUGUCUGUCGCCGUCAUGACGUUGGGUCUCAUUAUGAUUAUCGAACUUUUGCGACACCGACUCGAUCACGCGGCCAUGGGCAAGCCCUUCUUCACGGCCGUUCUCCAAGGCGUCUACGCCGAACUUUCCACACUCGGUUUGGUCGAGCUUUUCAUUUGGAUUCUACUCACCUACUGGGAAACGAUCAACAUACCCAAGGAAAAGGUCUUUGCCAAAGUGCACUUUACACUCUUUUACACGGCAGUCUUCAACGCCUUUCAGACCGUCGUGGUGGCCUUCUUCUCGACGCGCGUUUCCGAAACGAUGUGGGUCCAGACCGAAGCUUUGGAACUCAACCAUUACGUAGAAAUUCGCGAAGAAUUCGAACGGGUACAACGGGAGCUACUAAGGCUCCGCUCGCUUUCUUUUACCGGUGGGGUGGUCAAGCGCGCAACGACGCUGGCCCAACACCAGUCCGCCGGCAGCGACAGUACGAGCUCCGACGAUCCCGAAAAUCGCGAUGCGGACAGCACUGUCAAUCGCGGCACCAUGGAAACCGAAGAUGCCGUGACAUUCAGUAGACAAGGCUUUACCAUCAUCUGGAACGGUCUGGCGGACCGGAUCCGGUACCCUCGUCUCAAAGCAAGGUACAAUGCCCUCCUUCUGCAAGUCCGCUUUCACGAACUCCGAGUACACUUUUUGCAAGCUUACGAUUUGCCGCUCAAAUUCAAGGUUUCCGACUACCUGAUUCGGUCAGAGCAGCAAGUCUUAAUACAUCUGGUACACGUUUCCACCUUUGCCUGGCUCUUGUUGGCCGCACUCAUCAAUAUACUCUACUUUGCCAUGGGAAUCGUCACUUGGGAGUCGGGCGAUCCAACCUUGGUCGGUACCUCCUUGACGUGGAUUUUCUUUGCCGGUAUGGCUGCCUUUAUCCUCAUCACCUGGCUAGUUUACAACAAGAUGAAGCAAAUUUUCAAAACGAUCAUGCACGAAAAGACUCUCUGGAAUGUGCACACUGACAACACAGGGCAAGUCCGUGACGAUCUCGCCAAGUCGCAGCGCUCAUUAUUCUGGGGUGGCGACCCGAAUCUCGUCAUUGCCGCCAUUCAAUUUAUGCAAUUUGGCUACGCUGUUGCCUUGGCGGUAGUCCUUAUCUUUUGGGACUCCAUCAAGAAAGGCGACGUAACCAUGUUCUGGUACCUGGUAGGAAUCUUUGGCUGCUACACGGUGUUCGUCAUGGUGACGGCUCAACUUCUCCCACGCUUUACACUUUGCACGUCGCUGGGUCAGCUUGUCAAUCGCCGGCGUUUGCAAGAAGCUGCCGCACUCUAUCAUCUUGAGGAAGAAAAGCAGCGCCGGUUGGAAUUGGAACAACCCAAUUGGAAGGAGGCACUCGUGUUGCAGAAAUCGUUGAGGUCCUUCAGCAUGAUGAGUUCACGCAUGCUCGGAAUGGAUCCGGUACCCGUAGCGUCCGCUCCGGUUGCGGCUAUUGCAUUGAUUGAAAAGAAAAAAGUGGCGACGGGCGAUUUGAUUGCUAAUUUAGUCCGCAGCGAUACGGACAGUCUACGGUCAUCCUUACCCGACUCGGAACGUGAACAGCUUUCGCGUCGUGAGAAUCAACGAUCAAAUCGUCGUAUGCGUAAAAAGGCCAUGUCGGAAGGCGUUUCCUCCAUGCUUCGCAAGACAACGGUCGGCCAAACGCGAGCCUGGGACGACUCUUCCGAUUUGUACGAAGAGUCUGUAUCGUCGGAGGCGCUCUCGGCCCACGACACACAAGUGGAACAUUUGAGGGCCCGCCGAGUGCGUCACGAGGAGCGCCGUAAAGCCUCUUCGGACGGUGCAUCUACCAUGCCGUGGAAUAACUCGACCAGCGUAAAUGCCGAAGAAGAAAAAGCCAUGGAACUGGAUGACCUCAAGCCCCUUGAAGUUCGUGUCCAGCAUGGAAAAAUCCAAGAGUACGAUGAUGAAGAUGGCCACUCGGACGUGGAUGACGUUCCCGAAGCGGAUCCUUCGAUGGUCAAAGCUACUCACUCGUUGCAGUAUGUGACGCCGCCGACCUUGAAGCAGACGCUACGCGAAUACUACCUUGGCAAACAAUACAUGUCGAUUAGCCACGUAUUUGGUACCUUAUUUGCGUUUUUCUUUGUGGGGCAACGGAUAGAGCGUUUCCUGCAUACCGAUGGCGUGGUGGGCAACGAUUUUGUGUCCUUUGAUUUUGACAAUCCAAUUACCUUUUGGGCGUUCACCUUUUGGCUUCUCAUGUUCUUGCUUAACGAUGGACUCAUUUUGCUUUGCCUCAAGCCAGACAAAGGAGGUUACCGAGCCGCCGGUCGGAAAGAACGAAAGAUUCUCACCAGUGCAUCGCUGGACAUCUUACUAUCAUCCGUGUGUCUCGCAAUCUUCUUCGUGGCGGAAGGCCAACGCUGUUGUGAGUCUGACGGAAACGACACGAUCGACACUGGCCUAGACGAUGUCUUUCGGCCGGCUUCAUGCGAAUGUCCAGUAUUUGGAUCUCGUCUCUACGGUGGUCUAGGAAACAUAGAGCCUUAUAUUUCUCUGAUAGGGUUGCGUUUAUUCCGUCGAUGGUUGGCAAAGCAGCUUCUUUGGAUGGUAGAUAUGCAAUCUCCGAAUGCUGCUCUUCAUAACAAAGAUCAUUUUGGUUCCCCCGAUGACCACAUUGAUCCCUUUGAUGUUUUUGGAGGACAAGGCCAUGAGGAAACGGAAGAAAAUAGGACACCAAUUGAAAUGUGGCAGACUGCUAUUGGCAAAUACCCCGAUAUUGUGGCAAAAUACGGAGAAUUCAGUGGAGAACUUCUUCAGGCCAUGCUUGGCCUGACUCCGGUACCUGGUGACGAUGAAUCGAGCUCAGCAUCAAAAUCGCAAUCAGGUUCUUUGUCUCGUACCAUGUCUGAAAGAGUCUUUGGACCCCCGGCUUCCUUUCACAAGCCUUCGACAUCGGAACGUAUCGCCGACAAGUCGUUUGCUGACACAGUCAAGGUGUAUUCUCUUGGCAAAGAGUAUACCGGUCUUUCGGUAGGUGCCCAACAAAUUAUUGUUGCUGGAAAAGUAGGUAAAGCCGUUACUCCUGUCGAAAUAAGCGCACUUGGAAGUCUCCCGGAAAUGAUUCCAGAAGAAGGAUCGACCGCCAGCAGUGUAGGUCAGAGCAGCACAAACAAGAAGGAAUUUACCAGGUUCCAAGUAGACGAAAAUUCUCCCCCUAUUUUGGAAUCGCUCUCCGCUCUGACUUCCCCCACUGCGCGACUUGUCCGAAGCAUGCGACGAUGUGGACGUAAGUUAUUGCCAAUUCUUGACAAUUGGACGGCUGUUGACGUUGUCAUGACACGCUUCGAGAUGGUCUAUUUCGAUGCCACUGAUGACAUGGAAAAAACGUCAGAAUGUGUUCGAGAGGCUUUGGCAGCAACUCAUGGUGGAAAGGGCCUCCGCCUUUGCGACAUUGCGGCUGGUCGACGUGUAGUGGGGCACCUGUUACUCGCCGACGUGAAAACAAUUCAUGUCUCACGGGAAUUAUUGGGUAGUCGCGAAAAAGAACAGGACGAUGUUCAUUGCCAAGAUAAGAUGCACGUUGAGUUCUGGCACCAGAAGAUGGUGGCGAUGGACCAUGCAUGGUGCAAGACAAAGGAAGAUCGUCUCAAAAUCGAAACCAUUCGAGGUCGCACCCUAUAUCUUCGUUUUUAUUCUGACCUCGACGAUGAUGCCAAUCACGCUCUAGGCAUUGAGAAGAUCGAGGAAUCGGGUUCAAUCUUGAAGAACAAUGCGUUCCAGUGGGUUCAGACGAUCGGGCGAUUCUGCGGCCCGGCCAAGUUGGCGCAAUCCCUUCCUCAUUUUGGCGACGACAAUGACGACGAACUUCGAGACUAUCUGAUUGUCCAUCGACACUACCACGACGGCGAUCCCAAAGCCAAUCGUUUUGGUUUCGGGCGGCCGACAUUGACUCGGCUAUCGCCUGCUCCGCGCGAGAACGAAUUCAGUCUAGAACAGUCACAUCUUGACCGUUCGCAUCCUGCCAGUACAAUUGAUGAAGUGGAACAGAAAACAGACUCAUCGGACUCGGAGAAAUUAGAUGUCGUGUAG